AUGACGACAAACGGUCUCGCUGGCAUCAUCCGAUCACCGUAUGUCUUUGGUGCCGCCCUCCUUGCCUCUUUUGGUGGCUUCUCAUUCGGUUACGAUCAGGGUGUCAUCUCCAUCAUCCUUACAAUGCCCCAGUUCCAGGACACAUUUCCUGAGAUUGCACCUGGCCACUCUCGCUAUGGAUUCAACACGGGUUUCAUGACUGGCAUGCUCGAGUUUGGCGCCUUCGUCGGUUGCCUGUUCUUCCCACUUCUUGCCGACCGAUAUUCCCGCAAGUAUGGCCUUGCUGUAGCUACAAUUUUCUUCUGCGCUGGCGCUAUCAUCCAGACGACGGCACAUAACUAUGGCUCUCUUGUAGCUGGACGCACUAUUGGUGGCGUCGGUGUCGGUACCCUUGCCAUGGGUGCCCCCCUGUAUAUCUCAGAGAUUGCCCCUCCCAACCUGCGAGGUUCCCUGCUCGUCCUCGAGGCCAUCUCUAUCGUUAUUGGCGCCAUUAUCGCCUACUGGAUCACUUACGGUUGCCGCGACAUCUCUAACCACUGGGCUUUCAGACUCCCUUUUCUCUUACAGAUGGCCCCCGCUUUGAUGGUUGGCGUCGGCAUUCAGUUUUUCCCAUUCUCGCCCAGAUGGCUAGCUAUGCGUCAUCGCAACGAGGAUGCGCUACACGCGCUUGAGAAGCUUCGCCGCUUGCCUGCAACUGAUGCUCGUGUUCAAGCAGAGUGGAAAGGCAUUGUCCGCGAAGCUGAGGUUUACGAGAUGCUGUUGAACUGUAAUCAUGCCACCAACAAGAACCCUGUCGUCCUUGAGUUCCAGCAGUGGGGGGACCUUUUCAAACCCAAAUAUAUCCGACGCACCGCUGUGGCACUGGCCAUCCCUUUCUUCCAGCAGUUCUCGGGUAUCAACGCUUUCGUCUACUACGCGCCCAUCUUCUUCGCUGCACUCGGUCAGGACUACGAGAUGUCCCUUAUUCUGAGCGGUAUGGUCAAUAUCUGUCAGUUCGUUGCCGGCAUUCCCACUUUCCUCUUCCUUGACAAGAUUGGACGUCGCAAACUUUCCAUUUUCGGAGGUAUUGCUAUGGGUAUUCCUCACAUGAUCAUGGCGGGCAUUGUGAGCAAGUACAACGGCAAGUGGGUUGAGAACCCUGGUAUGGGUUGGUUUGGUGUGGCCCUUAUUUAUAUCUAUGUUCUUGCAUAUGCCUCAUCGUACGGCCCCUUGGCUUGGACUCUGCCUGCAGAGGUUUUCCCUAGUUCUAAGCGAGCAAAGGGUGUAAGUGCUGCCACGGCUAUGGUUUGGUUGGCUAAUUUCAUCAUUGGUGUUAUUGUUCCUGAGAUGCAGCUCAGGCUUGGUUGGGGUACUUAUCUGUUCUUUGGAUGCUUUUGUAUUGCUGCCUCUAUCUUCUCCUUCUUCUUUGUUCCUGAGACUGCGGGCAAGAGUCUGGAGCAGAUCGCCGGCGCUUUCGGCGACAGGCUUGAGGAUGAAGAGAAUGAGCUCGGAUCCCCGGCCCACUAG